AUGGACAAAUCUACAUUAUCAUUGAUCGGAAAUCCCAGGUUGGGGUUGAAGGAGGAGGAGGGCCCGUUGUUCUUCAGGGACGGUAUAGUUUAUCGAGAAUGGGGCUACAUCUUCGCGAGGCUCGAGAAAUUCCAUCUUGCGGAGUUAUAUUUCGACAAGGCGAUCAAACAGACCCAGGUCAACGAUCUGAGAACGUAUCUUGGGCUUGUCAAGGCACAGCUCGCCUACGCAAGGUUCAAAAGGGCGCUCAAGACCGAGGAAAAAUGCGUGGAGCUAGAUCCAUCUUAUUCACACGUGAAGCACAUACAGUUGCAAACCCUGUUUGCCAUCGGUGAGUUCGAAUACAGCUUGAUACACGCUCACCAAGGCUUUCAGAAACAUCCGACCACGGAUUUGGAGCACGGCAUACUGCAAGGGAACGAGACCAUCGAGGACUGCAUCGGCAUAGACACCUCGCCGAUAACUCUUCAACUUCUUUACCCGUGGAUACGCGAGCUCCAAGAGUAUCGCAAGUAUUUGGUGGAGAAGCUGAAGGAGGAGGUGGACGAGCUCGCAGGCAUAGAAGAGGAGCAAUCGAAGUUCAAAGUGAACGACCCUAUUGCCCAGGCGGAACUAUGGUUUAAAAAGUUGCAGCUCAUCUUCUCCCAGAUUUAUAUGGGACACUUGGCCAAGGACAAGGAAUUCCUGCAAUUUUUGGCCGAGAAUCCCGAGAAAUACGACUCGCCUAAUAAAGAGAGCUCCAUUAUACUUAACGAGAUGAUAUGGAGAAAUUACAACAGGUGCCUUCGUAGACAAAACGUUCUGCGGAUGCGGCAACCUCUUUACGUGAUGUUGUUCAAGCGGAGGCUUAAACCGGAGGGGUUCAGAAGGGCCCUAGAGGCCGAGAAGAAGCUGAAAAAGAACCUCAUCAUCGUGCAAGCCGACUUCUUGCUGAAUCGUCUGCACGAAAUUAGAAUGAAAAAGGAUUACAUCGAGUUCUUCAGAAUGGUGGACUGGAUAAAGGACAAAUUAGACUCGUUCUCCUCGAAGAUGUUCCCCUUAAAGGAGAAGUGUUUGAACGUGCUUUACAACAUGAUCGCGUGGACCUACAUAGACUCGCGCAAUGUGACCAACAUACAAGAUUUAAACCUUAAGAAGAUAUACCUGAAACACCAUUUGGGGAUUCGGGUAGCUGAAUUGCCACGAGACGUAGAUAUCGGUUGGAUAAAAGCCAUCGAUAGGAAAGAGGCUCUGAAAACGUACCGCAGGAGAUUGGCGAUGGCGUCCGAGCCGUUGGAGCUGGCCUGGCUUUUCCACGAGCUGUGCAAAUACUUGAUCGACAUACGCCGCUACGAUCUGGCGAGAUUCUACGGGAAGAAGGCCCGCGACAUGGGCCAGGAGGCCCAGAACGAGCAAUGGAUGCUGAAUUCCCAGCAUCUGUUCAUCCGUAUAGAGAUAUGCCAGAAUUAUCGGAACGAGGCGAAGGAGGCUGCCCUCAUCGCCCUUGCAAGCUCGAAGAAGCUCGGCCUCGACUUCCUGGUAGAUUUCUACAAACGAGCUGUCGAGAUAAUCGACGACAUAGACAUGGAGAAAUUGCUCGCGUUCGACGCGAUCGCCGCCAGGCAACAGCUCAUAUUGAACCUGAUGCCCGAGGACAUGAAGGCGGAGGUGGAUUUCCUUUGGAGGCGGAUGGAGGCGGUCCCGGCGAAGAGGAGGAUAUCCGUGAUGCCCGGCUGCAAACCGGUGGACAAGAAGUUCAAGCUGCCCUGCAAGAGGAAGACCAUAAUGCCACAACCGCCGAAGGAUCCGAUUAUAGAGACGAGGAAGGCGCUGCUGGCCCAGUUCGAGCCUUCCAAGGAGAGGCUUGGCUUCAUCGAUUUCGAUCAAUACGAUUAAUAAUCGGCUCGAGAACGAGAAGUGAUCGUCUUUCGUAAAAGUAGAUCGUACGAUUUAUCCAAGGAUUGGCUUAAUAAUUUCUCGAUGUGAACACGUAGAGCGAAGU